GGCCUCGGACGACGUGCUCUCUCAGCGGCGCCAGCGGGCCGAGAUCCUGCGUCGCGGGCGCUGGCGGACCACGGAGAGCCUGAACCGCUGCGCCAAGGAGACCGAGCUCCUGGGCGAGUCCACCUGGAUCCCGCCCGAGGCCAUGGAGCUCGGGGCCUUCCUCGAGACCAAUCUUGAGGCGCUGAUCCUCGGCAGCCCCCACGACUGGCCGGCGACUUGCCGCGCCUCCGCCCGCUGCCCCGGGAAAGACUGCCGGGCGCAGGAGGCCGCCUUCGCAAGCGGCCCUCGGCCCUGGCGCCGGCGAGAGCAGCCGGCCGGCACGCGCAGCGAAGCGGCGCCUGAAGCGCCCGCAUCGGCGCGCCGCCGCGACAGGUCUGACUGCCAUCCGUUCGGACUGCCCGACCUCUCGGCCGCUGAGCAG